GAGGACGAGAAAAAAAAAAUACCCCACCACCGACCUGGUCCGCCGCCUUUUCCCUUCGCUCUUCUUCCUCUCUCUUUUCACCUCUUCUUCUCCAUCCUCUUACAUUCCCAUACAACUUUUUUUUUUCGGGUCAUCCCUUUAUCUCUAUAUUCAAAAUGGCGGAAGAAGUCUACGACGGUGCCAUUGGCAUUGAUUUGGGUACCACCUACUCUUGCGUUGCCAUCUACGAGGGCGCCAAUGUCGAAAUCAUUGCCAACGAGCAGGGUUCUUUCACCACCCCUUCUUUCGUCUCUUUCACUGAGAAGGAGCGUCUGAUUGGUGAGGCUGCCAAGAACAACGCUGCCAUGAACCCCAAGAACACCGUCUUCGAUGCCAAGCGUCUUAUCGGUCGCCGCUUCGACGAUGCCACCGUCAAGAAGGAUAUUGAGUCCUGGCCCUUCACCAUCGUCGAUGACGAUGGCCAGCCCAAGAUCCAGGUUGACUACCUCGGCGAGAAGAAGACCUUCUCUGCCCAGGAGAUCUCCUCCAUGGUCCUCCUCAAGAUGAAGGAGAUUGCCGAGACCAAGCUUGGCAAGAAGGUUGAGAAGGCUGUCAUCACUGUCCCCGCCUACUUCAACGACAACCAGCGUCAGGCUACCAAGGAUGCUGGUGCCAUUGCUGGUCUCAACGUCCUCCGUAUCAUCAACGAGCCUACCGCUGCCGCCAUUGCCUACGGUCUUGGUGCCGGUAAGUCCGACAAGGAGCGCAACGUCCUCAUCUACGAUCUUGGUGGUGGUACUUUCGAUGUCUCCCUCCUCCACAUCCAGGGUGGUGUCUUCACCGUCAAGGCUACUGCUGGUGAUACUCACUUGGGUGGUCAGGACUUCGAUACAAACCUACUUGAUCAUGCUGCGAAAGACUUUAAGCGCAAGACGAAGAAGGACCUCGGUGGCGAUGCCCGUGCUCUCCGCCGUCUCCGCACUGCUUGCGAGCGUGCCAAGCGUACUCUGUCCAGCGGUGCCCAGGCCACCAUUGAGAUUGACUCUCUCUUCGAUGGUGAGGACUUCACCAUGACCAUCACCCGUGCCCGCUUCGAGGAGCUCAACGCCAAGGCUUUCGCCGGCACCCUCGAGCCCGUUGCCCAGGUCCUCAAGGACUCUGGCAUCCCCAAGAGCGGCGUUGACGAGAUCGUCCUCGUCGGUGGUUCUACCCGUAUUCCCAAGAUCCAGAAACUCCUUACCGAGUUCUUCAACGGCAAGAAGCUUGAGAAGUCCAUCAACCCCGAUGAGGCUGUUGCUUACGGUGCCGCCGUCCAGGCUGGUCUCUUGACCGGCAAGGCCGCUGACACUGAUGCUGCUGACCUUCUCCUCCUCGAUGUCUGCCCUCUCUCCCUCGGUGUUGCCAUGGAGGGUAACGUCUUCGCCCCUGUCGUCCCCAGAGGCUCCACCGUUCCUUGCAUCAAGAAGAGAACCUUCACCACUGUCGCUGACAACCAGCAGACCGUCACCUUCCCCGUCUACCAGGGUGAGCGUGUCAACUGCGAGGACAACACCUCUCUCGGUGAAUUCAACCUCGCUCCCAUCCCUCCCAUGCGCGCUGGUGAGGCCGUCCUUGAGUGUGUCUUCGAGGUCGACGUCAACGGUAUCCUCAAGGUCACUGCCACUGAGAAGACCUCUGGCCGCUCUGCCAACAUCACCAUCAACAACUCUGUCGGCAAGCUCUCCACUGCCGAGAUUGAGAAGAUGGUUAACGAUGCUGAAGCUUUCAAGGCCAACGAUGAGGCUUUCGCCAAGCGUUUCGAGGCCAAGCAGCAGCUCGAGUCCUACAUCUCCCGUGUUGAGGAGAUUGUCUCUGACCAGACUCUCUCUCUUAAGAUGAAGCGUGGUAACAAGGACAAGAUUGAGGCCGCCAUCUCCGAUGCCAUGGCCACUCUCGAGCUCACCGAUGCUUCCGCUGAGGACCUCAAGAAGCAGGAGCUUACCAUCAAGCGCCUUGUCACCAAGGCCAUGACCUCCCGAUAAAUGGGUCGCCCCGUAAUGUCACCCGGAAUAUAAAACAGGCGUGAAAAAGGAGCAGGUUGUGUUUGGAUUUCGACCUAGUACUGCAUAGCAGGAAAAGAGAAUGUUUAAAAGAAGGAGACCAGGGAUUUGAAGAAAAAAAGCCCAGGAAGGGAAAAAUGUGCUCAAUACCUUGAUGUUUCUACGUUUACUUUGUUCAAAAAUAUUUCAUGUUGAAAAUCUGUGAAUCCUCAAAUAGGGAGAUGCCGUGGUAUAUGAAAAAAUUCUGCAUAACUAU